AUGUCGACCAUUGUGGAUGAGCAGCCAGGCGACGACGGCUUUGCUGGGAGCAGACGGCAAGGCCCAUGGCUUCUUCCUUCGAACCGCAAGCUGAGGCACCUCCAAGGCAUUGCCAUCCGCAAUCUUGUGGUGUCUGGCCCUCCGGCAAAUAAGCUCCGUGGGAUGACAAUAGACGAUCAAAGUGUCCCUUAUACUUUACAGUCUCCAGCAAGAGCUCUCGCGGUGCGAGAAGGUCGGACCGUCCAGCAUUCGCGCUCUACUACUGAUCUCAAGCUAUCCCGAUCUCCCCCGAACUUGAAGCUUACGGCCAGUGAGAAUGGAGGUGGUAGCAAAGAAGAACUCUACAUGCGGCGGAGGAGGAGUACGCUACCAUGGGUAGGAGCUAGCCCUGGAAUGCGACAGUCCAGGCUAGAACAAAUUGCCAGUAGUAAAAUGGCAGACAGCUGGUUUUCGCUUCAUUGCGAGGGUAUUCCAGAACCAGUUUAUAUCAGUGAACUUGUGGAGAACGCUAUGAAUCCCAGCUUUAAAAACUUUGACCUGAACAUAUGUGGCCCGGCAGUGUCACGGUUGGACGACGCUACUGUGAAGCUUUGGGCUCGUACUAGCCAUAUGCCGGAGUACUUCUUACUUCUGGAGCUCCGUGUGAAGUUCAAGUCCUUACAGUAUAUUGGGAAAACCCUAGAGAACUUUCGCCAUCCUUUUCCUCCAAAUUCUGUCAUUUUUCAUUUUACGGAUGGGAUAUACGCUAGUCUGACUGACGCGCCCCCCCUUGACCAUCAUUUGCCCACCCAGCCACGAACAAGCGAGUCCUUAAGGGCUGAACAGCAACAGACGUCAUCAUACGAUGCUCUGAUGAAGUUGGCAAACUUUGAUGACUGCAUCCAGGACGCUUUGGUAACUAGAGAGAAACUUGAGGCCCAGAUAAAUUCCGUUCUGGAAGAAAACCAGGCGCAGCUUGAUGUUUCAAGUCGCAGUUCAGAGGCUCAUGAGAGACUCUCAGCCGUCAAACGCGCAGUUACCGGAGAGAAAAACCGUCUUCGACAAUCCCUUAGCCAGAAGGACAAUAUGAUCAAGAGCUUAAAAGCACGAAGACAAGCUAUGGCAGAAGGGCACCUCAGCCAAAACAAUAGCUUAACUUACCUCUCUGGCGCCCAGGAGGCAAAAAAUUCAAGCCAAGCACUUUUGAAGAAAACAGCUGAGGACUCGAUGGGGCAAAUCCGCCGAAUAUGUGAGGACUUGAUUGCCACAUACCCUAUAGAACCUAUCCAUAGCACGCCUCUUGGGUUCACUAUCAGGGGCCUGGCUCUCCCGAAUUCCUGCUUUGACGAUAUUGACAAGGAAGUGGUUGCGGGAGCGUUGGGAUAUACAUCACACGUGGUCUAUCUCCUCUCAUUCUAUCUUUCAGUGCCUCUUCCUUACCCUGUCAGGCCAUAUCUGUCAACAUCAAGCAUCCAGGACCCCAUCUCAGCUGGCCUUGCUCAACGGACGUUUCCGCUAUACCCGACAAACACUCAAUAUCGAUUUGAGUACGGAGUAUUUCUGCUCAACAAAAACAUAGAAUAUUUGAUGAAUCGGCUAGGCUUGAGAGUACUUGAUUUACGCCAGACGCUUCCAAACCUCAAAUAUCUACUAUACAUGCUGACUGCCGGGACAAACGAGCUGCCAGCAAGAAAGGUGGGUGGAGUUCGCGGCCUGCUUGUUGGACGAUUGACACCCAGUUUGUCUCGUCAAGUAAGCCGUGAUAGCCUGGCAAGUAUCGAUACGACCAUGGCAAUCCGCCAGAAAAAGAUCCUACCAUCUGCUAAUAAUUACCUUUCCUCCCAUUCUCACCAUUCUCACCCUCCAUCUCACUCAGCGAUAUCAACUUCCAAAUACAACUUCAUCUCCGCCUCUGCUGCAAAGCCAAGCAUCGGCCCCAUGCAGAAAAACCUGGGGUCAGUACAGAACGACCGGGUUUCUGCGUCGAUGGCCAUCGCCACACCCGUCACCCCCAGCAAUGAACGGGAAUAG